UGCAGUUCUGCGACUUUCCCCUGACUGGCGUCACUGGGCAACUUUUGGCGUACCCAUCACAACACCUGGCAUCAACCACCUCCCAACAAUGAUGCCGACUGUCGACGAUGUCGAACAGUACUUUGAAACUGUCGAACGCUUAGUUUCUGAUUCCCUGACUACUGCUUCCCUUGAUCUUCCAAACAUUCGUGAGGCCAUAAACAGGCUCUGGGUGGACAUCACUCGCUACGGGCCACCCUUUCCCGAGAUUCAUGCAGGUCGCCUCGGUCCAUUUGAGCUUCCAGCUCCUCCUCCUCCUCCGCCCCCGCCCCCGAAGUCUCUUAUCGAAAAGACUGGAGACUGGCUGAAAGAUCAUCCUUGGAUUGUCUCGGGCCUUGUACUCUCUACCCUCGGCAUCAGUUUGGUGGCGGGAUGCCGCGUUAUUUCAGCCAAACACACCUUCAGGAGACGCAUUAAACCAACUACUACGGUAUCCGAGAAACGGCAGGUUGUCGUGGUUCUGGGCAGCGAUCAUCCACUAGCACUGCCCCUGAUCCUGGAGCUCGAGAAGAAGGGUUACAUCGUCAUUGCGAGCGUCUCAUCUGCCGAGGCUGUUGGCCCCUUGGAGGCCCGGGGUCAUGGCUUCGUUCGCGCCCUCGUUCUUGAUCCAAACGAACCUACUACCAUACCAGUAUUCCUUCGCUCACUCGGGUCCACCUUAUCACGCCGCUUCCCCAUCUCAGCUGCUGGAGAUCCGUAUCUUCCCAGCCCGAGCCAUCCCUUACUGCACUCCGUCAUAUCAUUGUUAACUAUGUCAGCUUCGUCCACAAGUUGUGGCCCUGCCCCGCUAGAGCAAGUUUCUCUACAUGACACGUACCUACCUUAUCUCCUUUCGACGCACAUUGCACCACUUCAAACACUUCAGGCACUUCUACCAUUGCUUCGUGCGGACGCACAACGCACACAUGCUUCCAGGUCAAUCAUUAUCUGUUUACCAGCUGUAGAUGCACGGAUUGGCCUGCCAUUUAGCAGUGUCCGUGCCAUGAGCGCUGCUGCCACCGUCCGCGCUGCCGAUGUCCUACGGCGGGAAAUCUCAGCUGCCCAAGGCAUGGGCAGAAUCCGUGUUGUUACCGUCGAUGUUGGCGCUGUCGGACAGACCCCUGAUGAAUCUACGACUCCACCAACUACCGACGAUUGGACGCCUUCGGAGAAAGCGACUUAUGGUGCGGCACUCUACGCGUUGAGUGAGACUGCCAAAACAAGGACCCCGGAAGACGUUUCGAAGUUCGUAGACAGUAUCAUCGGAGUUGUGAGCUCUGGAACAAAGACCACCGGCGCUAGCAGGGCCGUCUACGGUGUGGGUGUUGGCUUGGCGUACGAGAAACUCAAGGAUUGGAUCCGUGGUAAUCGCUUUUCAAUUGGCGCAGGAGCUGGAACCUAUACGUUUGCAUCGUUCCUUCCAACCAGGCUACUGGAUUGUCUUCUCGGUCUUCCUCACAUUCUUGUUGGCAUUCGAAAUGGCCUUUUGCCUUCCCACCUUCCCGCGAAUGUUACUUCUCCGGCUGCCGAUGUAGUGAAGACCGCAUCUGCUAAUGUUUCUGCUCCGCCGGACCCACGCUUGCCCUUGACCAUAUCCCCGCAGUAUUCCAGAACGGAAACCGCCGUACAACGUGGCGGCGAUGAACACGAGACAGCGUCGAACGCAGACUCGGAAAGCGUUGGGACCGACACUGAAAGCUCCAGUGUAGAAAGCAGCUGGAUUAGCUUGGGGCCUGGCGAAUCUUCUUCCUGAUGUUGCCUUUUUUUUUCGAUGACUUGUUCGCCUUUGGCAUCUGCAAGACUACAAAAGAAAUUUUCUUUGCGAGUUGUGGUGUCUGCACUGUCGCGUGGCCGGUUGGUAGUGAUACUGUCG